AUGGCCAGUCAAGCCCCGACGCAGCGCAAACGUCCCGUCAGUCCUGCCACCUCGGACGUCAAGAAGCCAGGUUCGGGCACGUGCCCACGAAAACGCAGGACCAACUCUUCCUCUCCAUCGUUGCAUCGUUCCAGUUAUCGUCCGCUAUCUCAACCGAAGCUCCUUGAUCCUGCGGCCACAUCCUCGCCCAGUCGAGGCCUCCGUGACAGGGUUCCGCAGGAGCUCAUAGCACUUCUUGCUCAAGGUUCCACUGUAGAUACCCCCAAAGGAGUCUUGGUUGCCGACGACGACGCCUCCGAAGAUACCAGCAUCGCACCCGAACAUCGUCUAUCCCUCCUGAUCGCCCAGGCACUCACGCUCGCUCGUAACUACGACCACACGUUUAACAUUGAACACCUCGCCGCUCGGGACAUGGUGAUGGUCGAUGCAUUCUUGCGCCAUUCCUUCUACAACACACUCCGCAGCGGACUUGUCGACGAAGCCCAUGUACCUACCGAGGCAGAGUUAGAGUACCCUCCAGUGAAAGAGUAUUCCAUUUACCUUGUGAUCCAGGCAUACAAGGCUCUCGCUGCAGCUACUCAGAAGCUCACCACCUUCAACUCAGAUCUGCCCCAGGCCUCCGAUAACUUCGAGAAUGAAGCCAAGCUUUUGAAACUUCACGAAAGGCUUAUCACUCUCAUCUACAAUGUGCAGGAACACCGCAACAUUCUCGGAGACCUCAUCAUGCCCAAUGCAUUCAACCCACUCGAAGACAGCAAACAGGUUGUUGACAUACUCAACCACUACUCCGUCACAAUCGCUCGCAUCAAACUCGUCUGUGUCACAGCUACCUCAUUCGGCUACACCAAUCUCAAACAUAUUGGCACCGCAUUAGCUCGCCUACGUCAAGUCAACCCGGACCCUCCGUCUCCGGCAGAGUCUCUCGAGAUACCCACUGUCGAGGAACUUUAUGCACUUUACUCCGACGUCUCACAGAAGCAAGACUCCGCAUGCACCCUCCAGUCGACUGACAAAAAGGAUAAACCCGACAACGCACCGGAAAGCGAUACCACGCCAUCCGUACCUGCCACCAUGACCGUCCGCCUGUCACGCCCCCUCCGCCACCGUGAGACCCAUCCCUAUGCUGCCAUUUUUAUGGUGGCCGCCACUACACUAACAUGUGUACUCAGGUCGUCAAUCUCACCGAGCGACGUCAACAGCGCCACUGUCUACUCCGCGUCGAGAACCUCCUUGCUAUGGAAAGCAACAAAUCUUCCAGUACAACGCACUACUGAUGUCGGCCGCACGCCACCACACCAGUCCUGA